UGAAAGCACGGUCACUGGUGUCGCUUCGCUAGUCGGCUAACAGUAAAUAGCUACAUUGAUGUAGUUUGUCAGUGAUUGUAAAAAGUGACUCCUUACAGUCUCAGUCAUGGAAAGCUGUCGUCCAGAGGAGAACACAGAUAUCUUCCUGCCACUGUCGUCCCUGCGGCUGCUGAUUCCUCCUCUGCGGCUGCUGUCUGCGGCGAUGUGGCAGGUAGCUCAUCGGAGAGAUGUUCUUGAUUAUGAAAAGCUUGAUGAGUUUGUGACAUUGGUGACGGCAACAGUCCCAGACCUGCUCAGCCCAAAGCAGCGAGGAAAGCUGCUUCUCCGACUGCGAGCCAAAAUUAUUCUGGAGCUGUGCAGAAAUGAGGAAACUGCCAACGUGUUGUGUGUACAACCUCAUCUGGAGCGAAUCCGCCCACCAGGAUACACAGGAAGUGGGGAUGCAGAGGUGGAUGCAGAGGAGGCCAUUUUUGUGGAGUUAACCCAAACACUACUGAAAGACCCAGCAGAGAGGGAGCAUUUUUACCAGGAGGUUUUUGAGACCGAAUAUGGUCUAAGCUAUGACACAGACAUGCAACUUCUUGUGUGGGAAUUUCUUUCCAAACUGGAAAGACUUCUGCCGGUGCCAGACCUUGGGCAGACUGUUUCAUGGCUGACCUCUGCUCCCUCCGUACUGAAGGACUGCCUGCAAGCGCUCUCCAAUCCUGACGAUCUGAGUUCUCUACUGCAACACUACAAAUGCCUCGAGCACCUCGGUACACAAGGUACCACAGUAGAGAUGUCCACCCAGGUGUUUGCCUGUUCCAAGUGUCCCUUCUUCCACAUGCAGGAGUCCUACCUGCUGCAGCACAUAGAACACAGUCACCCUGAGCAGUACAACAAACUGCAGAGGGCUGCAGAAGCAGCUCAGGUGCCUAAGAAGAAGCCGCAGCGUCCCGAGUUCCCACAGCCCUUCCCCAUCCACGACCGGCCCGACCCUCACAUGUGCCAGGAGUGUGGCAAGACAUUCACCCGUGCCUCAGAUGUGACCCGUCACCAGCGCACACACACAGGUGAGAGGCCCUACACCUGUGAGGAGUGUCAGAAGGGCUUCAAGAACUCCUGGGACCUGACCAGACAUCAACGCAUUCACACUGGAGAGCGUCCCUUCCUCUGCUCUCAGUGUGGAAAGCGCUUCACUCAGAUGGGGUUACUCAAGCUGCACUACGAACGAACCACCUGUGGCCAGACGUGCAACCCCCCUCUGGAGUUAACAACAGAGGUGGUGGUGGCAGAAGAGACUUUCGAGAAAGGCGAUGGUCAGUACAAAUGCCAGAAAUGUGGUGAGAGCUUCAGCAGCAUCCUGGAGCGACUCAGGCACAGGCAGAAACACGUGGUGAGACGUCAGUACAAAUGCUCCCUGUGUGAGAAGAUCUACAGCCGAGCGUCGGACCUCAAGAGACACCAGAUGAAACACACAGGUGAACGGCCGUUUGCCUGUGAGUGCGGGAAAAGCUUCACACAUGUGUGGCUGCUGAAUAAGCACCGGCAGAUCCACACCAGAGAGCGUCCAUACCCCUGUACAGAGUGCGGAAAGAGUUUCACGCAGCUCCAGAUCCUCAACAGGCACCAGCUGACUCACAACGGCCAGCGACCCUACCAGUGCUCGUACUGCGAGAAGAGCUUCACCCAGCUGGCCAGCCUAACACGCCACGAGAGGAUCCACACAGGAGAGAGGCCGUUCGUCUGCAGCACCUGUGAGAAGAGCUUCCUCACCCACGGAGAGCUUGUCAGACACCAGCGCAGCCACAGCAACUUCCGACCCUUCAGCUGCCCUCAGUGCCCCAAGAGCUUCAAAACCAAACGCGCUCAGAGCGAACACCUCAAUACCCACACAGGGGAGCGUCCAUUUGCAUGCGCCCGCUGUGGGAAGAGGUUUGCCAAGUCGACCUCACUGGUCCGGCAUAAUCUUACUCACACGGGGGAGCGACCCCACCAGUGCUCCCAGUGUGGUAAGACUUUCCUCACAUCUGGUGAGCUGCUCCUCCACAGACGCAUCCACACAGGAGAAAGACCUUAUCCCUGCUCCUACUGCGAGAGGAGGUUCAGGUGCUCCUCAGACCUCAACAUGCAUGUCAGAACGCACACCGGGGAGAAACCACACAGCUGUCUGUUCUGUAAGAAAGGCUUCUCUACGUCCACGAGGCUGAAGAGACACAUGCGCACACACAUGGACAAGGGCGUAGUCAUGGAAUCAUUAAGUCUUUGAGCCGUCAGGAGCCACUGAUGUAAUUAUUCAAACUGUUUUCUUUUAAAAUAAAAUCAUUCAUCAGUCA